UUCAGGUUCAAGAAGAUUUAGAAGAUACAACUAAUGAUGUUAAUAAGAACAUUGAAAAAAGGCAUCUUUAUAGUGAUUUGUUUGGGCUUGGUUAUAAAAUUGCUCAAAUUGCUACAGAAAAACAAUGA